CACAGCAGCAGAUUGCGACGAAAACUGAUAUUCUCGUAGGAUUGAACAGGCCAGGCUUGUUUGCAAGAGCUCGCUUUCUCAUAUUCCACCCACCAAAACUCUUACCUUGUGGCUGCUUUGUAUUCGUAGAGGCGAACUGUGGAGCGCUGACAUUUUUGUUGAGGAUACAGAAUGCGCUAGAAACGCCUCAGGACUCGCCUGACGCGCCGAACGGCGCCAAACACAGAAGCCAAAGCACAUACUGCCGCAACGAUGCUUCGUCCUGUUUGCCUUGCGGCUGGUGCCUACGGUGUGGCCCGGGGCAAUGAGAACGAUGCCACCGCCACGGAGUCCACCGCGUGCGAACUGGAGCUGGUCGAUGAUAUGUCACCUUGCUUCGAGCACUUACAUACGCCAGUGCAGCCAGUGCAGUCGCGAGCAAUGCCGUCCGUGUUCGGCCCCUGCUCGGCCGUGACAGCGCCGGCGAUGGCUUCUUGUCAGCAUGGAGGUUCUCUAGCUGGCAUAAUGACGGCGGUGGCGGUGACUGUGGCCGCGGCACCGGUGCUUCACCCCUCGACGGCAGGGUGCGGGGCCGUCGCAGCGACCAGCGGCGCCGCAGGGGUCCAGGCGCACCAGCAUACGCAGCAGCAGCUCCAAAAUGUGCAGCAGCCGUUUGCGCAAGUGUCAUAUCAGCCUAUUAUGACAGCGGGCCAGAGCAGCGAACAGCAGGCGCCCGGACCAAGUCCAGGUGCCACGGCAGGCAGCACACACACGCUGCUGUCUGCCUACCAAGUUCACGGCGUCGUGGACCCGCGGAACGUGCACCAGUGCGACGCGCGCAACAUAGCUGAGGGUAUCCAGCUCGUUCCGCGAGAGCUGGGGAGAGGGACGUACGGAAUAGUCGUGCCCGGCACCUACCAUGGCUUGCCAGUGGCCGUGAAGCUGAUGGUGUCGCCUUCCCUCAACCGCGCGGUGGUGCGGGAAGCGCUGCUGGGGCCCUGCCUCGUGCACCCUAAUCUUGUGGCGACCUACACCGCCCGCUGCGCCCGCCUGACGCACGAGUUCUUCGACCUGCUUGAGGGCCGCACGAACAAGCAGCACGCGCUAUCAGACACCUGUUUGCCGCGCAUGCUGCGGCCGCUGGUCCACAGCGGCGACGGCUUUGGCGACCCCGAGGGCGCCGGCUCGGACGUGGAGCCGCUGCCGGUGCUGCACCAGAUCCUGUACGGGCUCAAGGCGGUCACCGGCCACUACCUGACGCUUACCGUGCAGGAGUACUGCGACGCGACCACGCUGACUAAUGCAAUCGCGCGCGGCGUGUUCCGAGCCAACCCGCAGUGGGGCGUGCGCCUGGCGCGCCGCGCGCUGCUGCGCACAGCGUCCGAGAUGGCGCGCGCACUUUUACACCUGCACGACGCCGGCGUUAUCCACGGCGACCUCAAGCCUGCCAACGUGCUGCUGCGCUCGUCGCGGGAAGACCGCCGCGGCUUCAUUGCCAAGAUCGCGGACUUUGGGUUGUCGCACGUGCUGCCGCCGGCCGCGGGCACCAUGAUGUCAGACACGUUUGGCUCAAUCGCCUACAGCGCGCCGGAGGGCUUCUCCAACCAGGUCAGCCGCGCCACCGACAUUUGGGCGUUUGGCAUCAUCGUCUGGCAAAUGCUCACGGGUGUGCGGCCAUGGGAGGGCAUGGACCAGACGACCGUGGUCAACGGCCUGCAGAGCAACACGCUGACGCUGGUGUGGCCCGAGGUGGAACCCAUGGCCGCGCCCAUCGUGGCCCUGGGCCGGCGCUGCCUGUCCUUCGACCCCGCCCAACGGCCCACCGCGCGGGAGGCGCUGACGGAGCUGAUCAGCAUUGAGUCUGCCAUCCGCACCGAGCUGGUGAUCGGCCUGCAGGCGGCCGCCGCGGCGACCGGCGACCGCAAGGCCGGCGGCUACUGUGGCCCCGACUCCAAUAGCAUGUCGGGCGGUUCCAACUCGGCCACCACCACGCAGGAGGCGCAGCUGGUGGGUGUGAUGGCGCCCGGCGUUCCGCAGCCGGGGGUGCAGGGCCAGGUGGCGGCGGCGGCCGCGGCGGGGCUGCAGCAGCGCGUGCUGCACGCGACACGGCAACAGAUCCAGCAGCAGCUGCAGUACCACACUCACAACCAGCUGAGCUACCAGCAGAUGCAGGUGCAGCAGCAGCCACAGCAGAUGCAGCAGCCACCACAGCAGCACGUGCAGUACGUGCAGCAGGGACUCCAGCUGCCACAGCAACAGCUACAGCAACAGCUGCAACAGGUGCCGCCCACUAUGCCGCAACAGCAGCCGCAGCUACAGCCGCAGAUUGCGCAGGCUGCGACCUCAUUGGCGCCAGGGGUUCCCGCAGCAGGCUCUGGGUCUGGCGGUGCAGCCGCGCCGCUGCAGUACGCCUUUUAAGCGGCACACACCAUCAAUCUUCAUUUCGGGCGUAGCUUACAAUAAUCGCAUGAUGAAGGCGACGCCAUUUUUCCACGAUAGACGGAGGGGACUCCUCCCCUAGCGUUUACGGGGACCAGCCUGUCUUGCUCCCAGUCUGCGGUCCUUCUUCGUGCUCCCUGUCUGGUGUGUCUAGCAGUUGGUCAGACGGACAAGAGCCAAGCUAAUGUUAGUCUGUGUGUACGUGAAUGUAAGUAGCCAAAUGCGAGGGCAGUGGGAUCAUUCCGAGAGGGCAACAGUGGGCAUUUGGAACACGAUAUCACCAGCGCGUCGCUUUUUUUACGACAAAUGUUGAGGCAUCACAACAACACUUUAUCUAUGUUCAUUAUCAUAUUCGCGCGGCUUGUUGAUGAUGCCUGUCAUGUGACAAUACUGUACACGCACUUCGUAUGCGCGCAAUGCAUGCGAUUGUGGCUUCUCAUCAUGUGCGAGGCUAGCAGCGACACGGGUGGGGCGUCUGUUUCAUCUGUGUUGCUGUCACGCGGUGAUGUCCAGGCGGUUGUGGCAAUCGGUUAUGCUCGUGCUGGGGCCACGCGUGCACAGUCUCCUGCAUGAGGAGGGAGCACAACAACGUUGAUCCGGAUAGCCAGCCGUUGACGCUGGGCUGCUGUGAAUGCAGACUUAAGGCUACUCAGGAAGGUAUGCAGGUGUGGUAGCGUAUGCACACAACGUAUACCUGCCAGUUGCCAUGGCUGGACGGGCGACAGGCGGCAGUCCGCCUGGGAGCUGGGCUCCCAGAAGAGUGCUGGCAGAGCGAUGCAGGAUUGUAUGGGCUAGGGUGGGCAAACGUACUGCAGAACUGCCGACCAAGGCGCCGGUCGGUGGCAAGUUGGCGAACAAGGGGCUGGACGCCCGUGUGCUGGUGCUGUGUGGCUGAGGCGGCCGCAGCAGCUCGUGGAUCCUAGUACCACUUCGAGCUGCUUCCGGCCUAGCACGAUGCCACACUAAGUUGGGAGCCAAGUGAAGCGCCGGCCUUGUGUUGAAUGGAUUCUUUGAGGAAUGCUGGGAAUGAUCAGAGAGUGGUCCGGCUGCUUCAAGCCCGUGCGGCUCAUCCGUCCGGCUGUUGUGGCGGGGGCUGCAAGAUUAAAGUUGUCACGUUAAUGGCUUUCCGGUUAGUACUCUUGACUUAGUAUCAUAAGAUAAACAGGUUCAGAAGGACUGAGGCUGGCGGGCUGGUGAUGUGUGCUGCAUCGCAGCGUGGCAGACUGGAUAUCAGAGCGGGUUGCGCUGAGGUGGUAGUAUAAUAGCGCUUGCUCCGAGUGCGUGAAGCGCUUGCUGCUGCACAUCUCAUCAGCCCGCCACGCUUCUUCGCAACUAGGGACCUGGUUGGGUGCUUCAUUUUGCUUGAUCGAGUGCAUGCAUUUGUGUGGUGCUGUCGCCGUCGUGGCAGUCGGUGCAAUCCUGUUAAGGACGUUACUUCAUCCACGUCCUCAGCCGUAGAGUGCAACAGGAAACGGCCUCAACGGCAUGAUGGUGGACGUUACCUCCCUGACACUCCAGGCUCCCAGCAGCAACGCUGUUUGGCGCGUGCUGGUUCGGUGGCGACCUAUGUGGCCACUCAGGUACAUGCAUGUCAGACCCCCAUGACUACUGGGCAGCAGGAAGGCGGGCAUUUUAGCGCACGGUGUACGGAGGCGACGUCCUGUGCUCCUAUCUACAUGUGCGCUUAAGUUGUCAUGUGAUUGUAAUACUGCACAUCA